AUGGCAGCCUCCAGCAAACGCCAUGCCGCUACUUCACAGAGUGGGAAUUACGCUGACGCCGAUGCUGGAUCAGUACCUUUUGGGGAGGGAGACUUUAUAUUGAAAAACGACAGUGAUAAGUCAACCGACUCUUUCACAAACCGGAAUAUUAACGUGGAUGUUCAAGUUGACAAGUCAAACUACGGAAAAUUGCUCGGACAUCUCGGUAGCAACCACUACCGAUGUCUUGGCAUGGCUGCCUACUCUAGGAAUAAUCCAUAUGUUAAAUUAUUACUACAAGCUAUGAGUCAAAGUGGAUGUGAAGCAUUUCAAGAUCGUCAUUUUGCCUGCGAACAGUGCUCGGAAGUUGUCAAUGGUGGAUUUGAUCCAUCAACAUCUCAAAUUGUUUUAUGUCAGAAUAACAUAAAAACACAGUCCGCGAUGGAUCGAGUAAUAACUCACGAAUUGAUCCAUGCCUUUGACCAUUGUAGAGCUAAAAUUAAUUGGAACGACAUUAGACAUCUAGCAUGUACAGAGAUUAGGGCUGCCAAUCUAAGCGGUGAUUGUUCAUUUGGCAUGGAACAUUUUGGUAGAUUUCAUAGGAUGCAGUUUGGAUUUGUUAAACACCAACAGACAUGUGUUAAGGACCGAGCGAUUCGAUCUGUUCUUGCUGUUCGUGACACUUCAGAGAAACUAGUAAAACAAGCAGUAGAUGAAGUAUUCGACACAUGUUUUAAUGAUCUUGAACCUUUUCACAAAAUUCCCCGCAGUAAAUCUGAUGCAAAGGCUGCCUGGAGGGAACGAUAUCGUUAUGAACUAUAAGCAAUGGAAUGAUUAUUAAAAUAUUUUAUAAAAUUAUUAAUUGAAUUCUU